AUGGCCAACCUCGAUGUAUCGGGUUCAUCAUCGACUACUGGAACACCUCGUCGUCUUCCCGUAAAUGGUCCUGAAGAGCGUCCAAUAAAAACUGAUUUCCUUUGUCGUGUCAAAUACAACAAUGCACUGCCAGAUAUACCUUUCGAUACGAAAUUUUUAGCAUGCCCAUUUGUUUCCCUCAGCAGGUUCACUGAUUACAAAUCAUCUAGUUUGGAAAAAAAUUUCAAAUUCGAAUUACUAUGUGAACCAGACUGUGGAGUUAAUAUUGAUCUUAUCAAUCCAGAAACAUAUUAUGUUGAUGUUGAUAGCCCAAAAAAACAUCAUCCCAUUGAUCUCGAACUUCUCGAAGACGAGCAAAUAAAUCCUCAGAACUUACGCAGAUCCUUGCAACAUAGCAAAAUGGUACCAUGGAUGAGGAAAACUGAAUAUAUCAGUUCUGAAUUUACGAGGUUUGGCGUGUCGGCUGAAAGACAAGAAACUAGGAUUGGCUAUAGCACGAAGAAGAAAUUCCAAACGGAUGUAUUGUAUAGAGAUCGAGUAUCACAAAUUGCAGCAAUUAACAAGACGUUUGAUGAUGCAUCGAAAACAAUAUCACAUCAUCCAACCAAGAAAGGUGUAAUUGCUAUUGAGGAAUUACCACUGCUACCAGAUUUCGAUGUAGAUUUUAUUAUUAUCCGUGCGAACACAUUUUUUAACAGUUUUAGUUUGAGUGACUCCUGUAACACUUCUGAACUUCUAUCGAACUGGAUGCACCCCUUUGCACUGGUUGUUUUUGAUGGUGAUCCAAUACCACAAAAUGAUAAGGUCGAUGCUCAAACGCUAAUGCCGCAGGCACUAAUACGUGGUAUGAUGGAUGAAGAAGGUGAACAAUUUGUUACAUACUUCUUGCCCUCGAAAGAAACUUUGGAUAAACGUUUGAAAGAUGCAGAAAAGGGUCUUGAAUUCGAUCCUGAUUAUGUGUAUGAGUAUCAAUCAGUUCGGGAUUAUAACUGGUUGGUAAGAAAUAAAUCAACAAAAGGAUAUGAACAGGACAAUUUCUUAUUUACAAUACGUGAUGGUGCCGUUUACUACAAUGAAUUGGAAACAAAGCAAGAAACAAAGUUGAUGGUACGAAAUCGUGCAUAUGACGAAAAUGAAUUGAAUGCACAGCAAGAACGACUAAACAACCUAUUGCAUCCAUACGAUGAGAAAGAUGACGAAGGAUCUGAGCAAGGUUCAAGUGAAGGGAGUGAGCGAAGUCAUCAGGAAGAAGCAGAAAAGAAAGAUAAUGAUGAAAAUGAAUCAGAUGAUGAAGCAAUAGAAGGUUUAAAAGUUAAUAAUGCAAGUAGCGGUGAAGAGGAAAACGGAGAUUUAGCAUCAGAGGAUAUGAAGAGUAUUAAUAACAAUAAUAAUGAUGAUGAUGGCGGCGACGAUGUGCAUGAUAGCAAUAUGCUUGGAAGUGAUGAUAACGAUAACAAUGAACAUGACGAGGCUUCGGAGAAAAGUGAUUCUAGUUGUGGAGAUGGCGAUGAGGAGGAUAAUGAUGGUGAUGACGAUGAUGAUAAUUAG